AGGAUCCACCAUGUUGAUGACUCUAUCAAACCUGAGAACUGCCUGGGAGAGACAUGGGCCAGACACCGACAGGAGGUCCCUACUGACGCUUAUGGAGACAUCAGGUUUGGUGACCUGGGACAGAAGAUUGGCAAGGUACAAAUUAAAUCUGAAUUUCAGUGAAUUCAUGUUAAGAUGUAUUCAUUGUUGUCUUUUGUGUGUUAAUACAUGUAUAUGUGUCUGUCUGUGUGUCUGUGCCGUUCUGUGUGCUCUCCAGUACGUGCGUGUCUCCUCAGACACUUCUCCAGAACUGCUGUACCAGCUGCUGACAGAACAGUGGAAGCUCCCUCCUCCCAACCUGAUCAUCUCUGUCACCGGCGGGGCCAAGAACUUCUACAUGAAACCUCACCUCACAGCACUGUUCCGCAGGGGCCUCAUCAAAGUGGCACAGACUACAGGUAGAGUACUGACCUGACUACAAGUAACAACAGACUACAGGUAGAGUACUGACCUGACUACAGGUAACAACAGACUACAGGUAGAGUACUGACCUGACUACAGGUAACAACAGACUACAGGUAGAGUACUGACCUGACUACAGGUAACAACAGACUACAGGUGCAGUACUGACCUGACUACAGGUAACAACAGACUACAGGUAGAGUACUGACCUGACUACAGGUAACAACAGACUACAGGUAGUACUGACCUGACUACAGGUAACAACAGACUACAGGUAGAGUACUGACCUGACUACAGGUAACAACAGACUACAGGUAGAGUACUGACCUGACUACAGGUAACAACAGACUACAGGUAGAGUACUGACCUGACUACAGGUAACAACAGACUACAGGUAGAGUACUGACCUGACUACAGGUAACAACAGACUACAGGUAGAGUACUGACCUGACUACAGGUAACAACAGACUACAGGUAGAGUACUGACCUGACUACAGGUAACAACAGACUACAGGUAGAGUACUGACCUGACUACAGGUAACAACAGACACAGGUAGAGUACUGACCUGACUACAGUAACAACAGACUACAGGUAGAGUACUGACCUGACUACAGGUAACAACAGACUACAGGUAGAGUACUGACCUGACUACAGGUAUAACUGACCUGACUACAGUAACAACAGACUACAGGUCGAGUACUGACCUGACUACAGGUAACAACAGACUACAGGUGAGUACUGACCUGACUACAGGUAACAACAGACUACAGGUGCAGUACUGACCUGACUACAGGUAACAACAGACUACAGGUGGAGUACUGACCUGACUACAGGUAACAACAGACUACAGGUGCAGUACUGACCUGACUACAGGUAACAACAGACUACAGGUGACAGUACUGACCUGACUACAGGUAACAACAGACUACAGGUAGAGUACUGACCUGACUACAGGUAACAACAGACUACAGGUAGAGUACUGACCUGACUACAGGUAACAACAGACUACAGGUAGAGUACUGACCUGACUACAGGUAACAACAGACUACAGGUAGAGUACUGACCUGACUACAGGUAACAACAGACUACAGGUAGAGUACUGACCUGACUACAGGUAACAACAGACUACAGGUAGAGUACUGACCUGACUACAGGUAACAACAGACUACAGGUAGAGUACUGACCUGACUACAGGUAACAACAGACUACAGGUUAGAGUACUGACCUGACUACAGGUAACAACAGACUACAGGUAGAGUACUGACCUGACUACAGGUAAACAACAGACUACAGGUGCAGUACUGACCUGACUACAGGUAACAACAGACUACAGGUGGAGUACUGACCUGACUACAGGUAACAACAGACUACAGGUGCAGUACUGACCUGACUACAGGUAACAACAGACUACAGGUGCAGUACUGACCUGACUACAGGUAACAACAGACUACAGAUAGAGUACUGACCUGACUACAGGUAACAACAGACUACAGGUAGAGUACUGACCUGACUACAGGUAACAACAGACUACAGGUAGAGUACUGACCUGACUACAGGUAACAACAGACUACAGGUAGAGUACUGACCUGACUACAGGUAACAACAGACUACAGGUAGAGUACUGACCUGACUACAGGGAACAACAGACUACAGGUGCAGUACUGACCUGACUACAGGUAACAACAGACUACAGGUAGAGUACUGACCUGACUACAGGUAACAACAGACUACAGGUAGGGUACUGACCUGACUACAGGUAACAACAGACUACAGGUAGAGUACUGACCUGACUACAGGUAACAACAGACUACAGGUAGAGUACUGACCUGACUACAGUAACAACAGACUACAGGUAGAGUACUGACCUGACUACAGGUAACAACAGACUACAGGUAGAGUACUGACCUGACUACAGGUAACAACAGACUACAGGUAGAGUACUGACCUGACUACAGGUAACAACAGACUACAGGUAGAGUACUGACCUGACUACAGGUAACAAACAGACUACAGGUAGAGUACUGACCUGACUACAGGUAACAACAGACUACAGGUGCAGUACUGACCUGACUACAGGUAACAACAGACUACAGGUAGAGUACUGACCUGACUACAGGUAACAACAGACUACAGGUGCAGUACUGACCUGACUACAGGUAACAACAGACUACAGGUAGAGUACUGACCUGACUACAGGUAACAACAGACUACAGGUAGAGUACUGACCUGACUACAGGUAACAACAGACUACAGGUGCAGUACUGACCUGACUACAGGUAACAACAGACUACAGGUAGAGUACUGACCUGACUACAGGUAACAACAGACUCGCCUGACUGACUGGCUCCAAACUACAGGUACAAGAUAGGUCCAACAAUAUUGAUCGUAAUUGUAUUUAGUUUAGGGUACAGUAAGCCUCAAAGAAAAGCAGAAACUUCACACUGCUCUUGCUAGUAUCACUUAUUUUAUUCAAGCUUACACGCCUCUACCUCUUGGCCUUCGUCAGAGCUUUUUAUAGGUGCAGUAAGCCUGAUCUGCUUCUCUUCCCCGUGGCAGACUUGUGGUACUGUCCUCUGUUGGUUUUGGGUGGAGAGUGCUGUUGUGUGCAGAAUGUCCCUGGUUUGAGCCCUAUUGUCGGUUGUCAUGGCCUGUUGUCAUGGCCUGUUGUCAUGGCCUAUGGUCUGUUGUCAUGGCCUGUUGUCAUGGCCUAUGGUCUGUUGUCAUGGUCUGUGGUCUAUUGUCAUGGCCUGUUGUCAUGGCCUGUGGUCUGUUGUCAUGGCCUGUGGUCUGUUGUCAUGGCCUGUGGUCUGUUGUCAUGGCCUGUGGUCUGUUGUCAUGGCCUGUGGUAUGUUGGCAUGGCCUGUGGUCUGUUGUCAUGGCCUGUGGUCUGUUGUCAUGGCCUGUGGUCUGUUGUCAUGGCCUGUGGUCUGUUGUCAUGGUCUGUGGUCUAUUGUCAUGGCCUGUUGUCAUGGCCUGUGGUCUGUUGUCAUGGCCUGUGGUAUGUUGUCAUGGCCUGUGGUCUGUUGUCAUGGCCUGUGGUCUGUUGUCAUAGCCUGUGGUCUGUUGGCAUGGCCUGUGAUCUGUUGUCAUGGCCUGUGGUCUGUGGUCUGUUGUCAUGGCCUGUGGUCUGUGGUCUGUUGUCAUGGCCUGUGGUCUGUUGGCAUGGCCUGUGAUCUGUUGUCAUGGCCUGUGGUCUGUGGUCUGUUGUCAUGGCCUGUGGUCUGUGGUCUGUUCAUGAUUAACGACUCAUGGUGUAAUUGUAGUAAUAUACAGGAACUCGAGUCCUUCUGUUCACCCGACCUAGAAUACCUCACAAUCAAAUGCCGACCGUAUUAUCUCCCAAGAGAAUUCUCUUCGGUUAUAGUCCCGGCCGUGUAUAUCCCCCCUCAAGCCGAUACCACGACGGCCCUCAAAGAACUUCACUGGACUUUAUGCAAACCACAUAUCCUGAGGCUGCAUUUAUUGUAGCCGGGGAUUUUAACAAAGCAAAUUUGAGGACUAGGCUGCCGAAGUUCUAUCAACAUAUCGACUGUUGUACACGGGCUGCUAAAAUCCUCUUCCAUUGCUGUUCGAACUUCCGGGAUGGUUAUAAGGCCCUCCCCCGCCCUCCUUUCGGCAAAUCUGACCACGUCUCCAUUUUGUUCCUCCCUUCCUAUAGGCAGAAACUCAAACAGGAAGUACCCAUGCUAAGGACUAUUCAACGCUGGUCUGACCAAUCGGAAUCCACGCUUCAAGAUUGUUUUGAUCACGCGGACUGGGAUAUGUUCCGGGUAGUUUCUGAAAAUAAUUUAGACAUAUACACUGAAACGGUGACUGAGUUUAUCAGGAAGUGUAUAGGUGAUGUUGUGCCCACUGUGACUAUUAAAAUCUACCCUAACCAGAAACCGUGGACAGAUGGCAGCAUUCACACAAAACUGAAAGCGCGAACCACCGCAUUCAACCAUGGCAAGGUGACUGGGAAUAUGGCAGAAUACAAACAGUGUAGCUAUUCCCUCCUUAAGGCAAUUAAACUGGCAAGACAUCAGUAUAGAGACAAAGUGGAGUCGCAAUUCAACGGCUCAGACACGAGACGUAUGUGGCAGGGUCUACAGACAAUCACGGACUACAAAAAGAAAACCAGCCACGUCGCCGACACCGACGUCUCGCUUCCAGACAAGCUAAAUACCUUCUUCCCCCGCUUUGAGGAUAACACAGUGCCACCGACGAGGCCCACUACCAAGGACUGUGGCCUCUCCUUCUCCAUGGCCGACGUGAUUAAGACAUUUAAGCAUGUUAACCCUCGCAAGGCUGCCGGCCCAGAUGGCAUCCCUAGCCGCGUCCUCAGAGCAUGCGCAGACCAGCUGGCUGGUGUGUUUACGGACAUAUUCAAUCUCUCCCUUUCCCAGUCUGCUGUUCCCACAUGCUUCAAGAUGGCCACCAUUGUUCCUGUACCCAAGAAAGCAAAGGUAACUGAACUAAAUGACUAUCGCCCUGUAGCACUCACCUCAUCAUGAAGUGCUUUGAGAGAUUAGUCAAGGAUCAUAUCACCUCUACCUUACCUGUCAACCUAGACCCACUCCAAUUUGCAUACCGCCCCAAUCGAUCCACAGACGAUGCAAUCGCCAUCACACUGCCCACUGCCCUAUCCCAUCUGGACAAGAGGAAUACCUAUGUAAGAAUGCUGCUCAUUGACUAUAGCUCAGCAUUCAACACCAUAGUACCCUCCAAGCUCAUCAUUAAGCUCGAGGCCCUGGGUCUGAACCCCGACCUGUGCAACUGGGUCCUGGACUUCCUGACGGGCCGCCCCCAGGUGGUGAAGGUAGGAAACAACAUCUCCACUUCGCUGAUCCUCAACACUGGGGCCCCACAAGGGUGCGUGCUCAGCCCCCUCCUGUACUCCCUGUUCACCCAUGACUGCGUGGCCAUGCACGCCUCCAACUCAAUCAUCAAGUUAGCAGACGACACAACAGUCGUAGGCCUGAUUACCAACAAUGACGAGACAGCCUACAGGGAGGAGGUGAGGGCUCUGGGAGUGUGGUGCCAGGAAAUAACCUCUCACUCAACAUUAACAAAACAAAGAAGAUAAUCGUGGAUUUCAGGAAACAGCAGAGGGUGCACUCCCCUAUCCACAUCGACGUGACCGUAGUGGAGAAGGUGGAAAGCUUCAAGUUCCUUGGCGUACACGUCACUGACAAACUGAAAUGGUCCACCCACACAGACAGUGUGGUGAAGAAGGCGCAACAGAGCCUCUUCAACCUCAGGAGGCUGAAGAAAUUCGGCUUAGCACCUAAAACCAUCACAAACUUAUACAGAUGCACAAUUGAGAGCAUCUUGUCGGGCUGUAUCACCGCUUGGUACGGCAACUGCACCGCCCGCAACCACAGGGCUCUCCAGAGGGUGGUGCGGUCUGCCCAACGCAUUACCGGGGGCAAACUACCCGCCCUCCAAGACACAUACAGCACCCGAUGUCACAGGAAGGCCAAAAAGAUAAUCAAGGACAUCAACCACCCGAGCCACUGCCUGUUCACCCCGCUAUCAUCCAGAAGGCGAGGUCAGUACAGGUGCAUCAAAGCUGGGACCGAGAGAAUGAAAAACAGCUUCUAUCUCAAGGCCAUCAGACUGUUAAAUAGCCAUCACUAGCACAUUAGAGGCUGCUGCUGCCUAUUGAAAUCACUGGCCACUUUAAGAAAUGGAACACUAGUCACUUUAAUAAUGUUUCCAUAUCUUGCACUACUCAUCUCAUAUGUAUAUACUGUAUUCUAUUCUAUAAUAUUCUACUGUAUCUUAGUCCAUGCCGCUCUGUCAUUGCUUGUCCAUAUAUGUAUAUAUUCUUAAAUUCCAUUCCUUACUUAGAGUUGUGUGUAUUGGGUAUAUGUUGUGAAAUUGUUAGAUAUUACUUGUUAGAUAUUACUGCACUGUCGGAGCUAGAAGCACAAGCAUUUCGCUACACCCGCUAUAACAUCUGCUAAACACGUGUAUGUGACAAAUACAAUUUGAUUUGAUUUGUUGUCAUGGCCUGUGGUCUGUGGUCUGUGGUCUGUUGUCAUGGCCUGUGGUCUGUUGUCAUGUCCUGUUGUCAUGGCCUGUUGUCAUGGCCUGUGGUCUGUUGUCAUGGCCUGUUGUCAUGGCCUGUGGUCUGUUGUCAUGGCCUGUUGUCAUGGCCUGUGGUCUGUUGUCAUGGCCUGUUGUCAUGGCCUGUGGUCUGUUGUCAUGGCCUGUUGUCAUGGCCUGUGGUCUGUUGUCAUGUCCUGUUGUCAUGGCCUGUGGUCUGUGCAGGAGCAUGGUUAACCUGUAACUUGUUAACCUGUGUUCAUUAUAGGUGCCUGGAUCAUUACAGGUGGCACACAUGCAGGUGUGAUGAAGCAUGUAGGCCAGGCGGUGAGGGAUUACAUCCUCAGCAGUGACUCUAUGGCGGGGCAAAUAGUGGCCAUUGGAGUGGCGACCUGGGGAGCCAUACACAACAGAAGAACCCUGGUACACCCUGAGGUAAGGACUGGAGAGAGAGAGAGAGAGAGAGAGAGAGAGAGAGAGAGAGAGAGAGAGAGUUAUAGAGCCGAGAUAUGAACUGAAGAGAGAGAGAGAGAGUUAUACAGCUGAGAUGCAGUGCAUUUGGAAAGUUAUUCAGAACACUUCCCUUUUUCCAAAUGUUGUUACGUUACAGACUUAUUCAAAAAUGGAUUAAAAAUAAAAAAAUCCUCAUCAAUCUACACACAAUAAUGACAAAGCGAAAACAGGUUUAUAUAAAUUUUUGCACAUUUAUUAAAAUGAAAUACCUUAUUUACAUAACUAUUCAGACCCUUUGCUAUGAGACUUGAAAUUGAGCAGGUGCAUCCUGUUUCCAUUGAUAUUUUAUUUAUUUAUUAUUAUUUUAUUUUUUAGUCAUUUAGCAGACGCUCUUAUCCAGAGCGACUUACAGUUAGUGAGUGCAUACAUUAUUUUUUUAUUUUUCAUACUGGCCCCCCGUGGGAAUCGAACCCACAACCCUGGCAUUGCAAACGCCAUGCUCUACCAACUGAGCUACAUCCCUGCCGGCCAUUCCCUCCCCUACCCUGGACGAUGCUGUGCCAAUUGUGCGCCGCCCCAUGAGCAUUCAUCCUUGAGAUGUUUCUAAAACUUGAUUGGAAUCCACCUGUGGUAAAUUCAAUUGAUUGGACAUGAUUUGGAAAGGCACACACCUGUCUAUAUAAGGUCCCACAGUUGACAGUGCAUGUCAGAGCAAAAACCAAGCCAUGAGGUGGAAGGAAUUGUCCGUAGAGCUCCGAGACAGGAUUGUGUCGAGGCACAGAUCUGGGGAAGGGUACCAAAACAUUUCUGCAGCAUUGAAGGUCCCCAAGAACACAGUGGCCUCCAUCAUUCUUAAGUGGAAGAAGUUUGGAACCACCAAGACUCUUCCUAGAGCUGGCCGCCUGGCCAAACUGAGCAAUCAGGGGAGAAGGGCCUUGGUCAGGGAGGUGACCAAGAACCCGAUGGUCACUCUGACAGAGCUCCAGAGUUUCCUAUGUGGAGAUGGGAGAACCUUCCAGAAGGACAGCCAUCUCUGCAGCACUCCACCAAUCAGGCCUUUAUGGUAGAGUGGCCAGACGUAAGCCACUCCUCAGUAAAAGGCAUAUGACAGCCCGCUUGGAGUUUGCCAAAAUGCACCUAAAGGACUCAGACCAUGAGAAACAAGAUUCUCUGGUCUGAUGAAACCAAGAUUGAACUCUUUGGCCUGAAUGCCAAGCGUCACAUCUGGAGGAAACCUGGCACCAUCCCUAUGGCGAACCAUGGUGGUGGCAGCAUCAUGCUGUGGGGAUGUUUUUCAGCGGCAGGGACUGGGAGACUAGUCAGGAUCAAGGGAAAGAUGACGGAGCAAAGUACAGAGAGAUCUUUGAUGAAAACCUGCACCAGAGCGCUCAGGACCUCAGACUGGGUCAAAGGUUCACCUUCCAACAGGAACAACCCUAAGCACACAACCAAGACAACGCAUGAGUGGCUUCGGGACAAGUCUCUGAAUGUCCUUGAGUGGCCCAGCCAGAGCUCGGACUUGAACCCGAUCGAACAUCUCUGGAGAGACCUGAAAAUAGCUGUGCAGAGACGCUCCCCAUCCAACCUGACAGAGCUUGAGAGGAUCUGCAGAGAAGAAUGGGAGAAUCUCCCCAAAUGCAGGUGUGACAAGCUUGUAGCGUCAUACCCAAGAAGACUUGAGGCUGUAAUCGCUGCCAAAGGUGCUUCAACAAAGUACUGAGUAAAGUGUCUGAAUAUUUAUGUAAAUGUGAUAUUUCAGUUUUUUAUUUUUAAUACAUUUGCAGAAAUGUAUAAAAACCUGUUUUUGCUUUGUCAUUAUGGGGUAUUGUGUGUAGAUUGAUGAGGGAAAAAAACAAUUUAAUCAAUUUUUGAAGAAGGCUGUAACGUAACAAAAUGUGGAAAAAGUCAAGGGGUCUGAAUACAUUCCGAAUGCACUGUAUCUCAACAGAGAAAAAUGUCCUGUGUGCUACCUAUAUCCCCCCACUAGAAUCCCCAUACUUUAAUGAAGACAGCUUCUCCAUCCUGGAGUGGGAAAUCAAUAAUUUCCAGGCCCAGGGACAUGUACUAGUCUGUGGCGAUCUAAAUGCCAGAACUGGAUAAGAACCUGACACCCUCAGCACACAGGGGGACAAACAUCUACCUGGAGGUGACAGCAUUCCCUCCCCAUAUGCCCCCCUAGGCACAACUAUGACAACAUAACCAACCAAAACUGGUCACAACUCCUGCAGCUCUGUCGCACGCUGGGUCUGUACAUAGUCAAUGGUUGUCUUCGAGGGGACUCCUACGGUAGGUACACCUAUAGCUCAUCUCUUGGCAGUAGUACUGUAGACUACUUUAUCACUGACCUCAACCCAGAGUCUCUCAGAGCGUUCACAGUCAGCCCACUGACACCCCUAUCAGACCACAGCAAAAUCACAGUCUACUUGAACAGAGCAAUACUCAAUCAUGAGGCAUCAAAGCCAAAGGAACUGAAUAAUAUUAAGAAAUGCUAUAGAUGGAAGGAAGGUAGUGUGGAAACCUACUGAAAAACAAUUAGGCAACAACAAAUUCAAUUACUUUUAGACAACUUCCUGGACAAAAUGUUUCACAGUAAUGGUGAAGGUGUAAAGUUGGCAGUAGAAAACCUAAACAGUAUAUUCGACCUCUCAGCUUCCCUAUCAAAUCUUCAACAUUUCAAGCAGACAACCUAAGAAAAUUAACAACAAUGACAAAUGGUUUGAUGAAGAAUGUAAAAACCUAAGAAAGAAAUUGAGAAACCUAUCCAACCAAAAACACAGAGACCCAGAAAACCUGAGCCUUCACUAUGGUGAAUCACUAAAGCAAUACAGAAAUAUACUACGGAAAAAGGAGGAACAGCAUGUCAGAAAUCAGCUCAAUGUAAUUGAAGAAUCCAUAGAAUCUAAUCAAAUCAAAAUAUACAGUAUGUAUCCAAAUCGGAAAUAUAUAGAUAAACCACUUCUCCAAUCUGUUUUGCUCUAUAAUAAAGAACAAACAGCAAAAACAUAUACAUGAUCAAAUACAAAUCUUAGAAUCAACUAUUAAAGACUACCAGAACCCACUGGAUUCUCCAAUUACAUUGGAUGAACUACAGGACAAAAUACAAACCCUCCAACCCAAAAAGGCCUGUGGUUGCGAUGGUAUCAUCAAUGAAAUGAUCAAAUAUACAGAUCACAAAUUCCAAUUGGCUAUACUUCAACUCUUUAACAUCAUCCUCAGCUCUGGCAUCUUCCCCAAUAUUUGGAACCAAGGACUGAUCACCCCAAUCCACAAAAGUGGAGACAAAUUUGACCCCAAUAACUACCAUGGGAUAUGCGUCAACAGCAACCUUGGGAAAAUCCUCUGCAAUAUCAUUAACAGCAGACUGGUACAUUUCCUCAGUGAAAACAAUGUACUGAGCAAAUGUCAAAUCGGCUUUUUACCAAAUUACCAUACAACAGACCACGUAUUCACCCUGCACACCCUAAUUGACAAACAAACAAACCAAAACAAAGGCAAAGUCUUCUCAUGCUUUGUUGAUUUCAAAAGAGCUUUUGACUCAAUUUGGCAUGAGGGUCUUCUAUACAAAUUGAUGGAAAGUGGUCUUGGGGGAAAAACAUAUGAGAUUAUAAAAUCCAUGUACACAAAAAACAAUUGUGUGGAUAAAAUUGGCAACAAACAAACACAUUUCUUUUCACAGGGCCGGGGGGUGAGACAGGGAUGCAGCUUGAGCCCCACCCUCUUCAAUAUCAACGGAUUGGCGAGGGCACUAGAACAUUCUGCAGCACCCGGCCUCACCCUACUAGAAUCUGAAGUCAUAUGUCUACUGUUUGCUGAUGAUCUGGUGCUUCUGUCACCAACCAAGGAGGGCCUACAGCAGCACCUAGAUCUUUUGCACAGAUUCUGUCAGACCUGGGCCCUGACAGUAAAUCUCCGUAAGACAAAAAUAAUGGUGUUCCAAAAAAAGUCAAGUUGCCAGGACCACAAAUACAAAUUCCAUCUAAACACCGUUGCCCUAGAGCACACAAAAAUACAUACCUCGGCCUAAACAUCAGCGACACAGGAAACUUCUACAAAGCUGUGAACGAUCCGAGAGACAAGGCAAGAAGGGCCUUCUAUGCCAUCAAAAGGAACAUAAAAAUUGACAUACCAAUUAGGUCUGGCUAAAAAUUAUUGAAUCAGUUAUAGAACCCAUUGCUCUUUAUGGUUGUGAGGUCUGGGAUCCGCUCACCAACCAAAAAUCCACAAAAUGGGACAAACACCAAAUAGAGACUGCAUGCAGAAUUCUGCAAAAAUAUCCUCAGUGUACAACGUAAAAUACCAAAUAAUGCAUGCAGAGCAGAAUUAGGCCGAUACGUGCUAAUGAUCAAAAUCCAGAAAAGAGCCAUUAAAUUCUACAACCACCUAAAAGGAAGUGAUUCCCAAACCUUCCAUAACAAAGCCAUCACCUACAGAGAGAUGAACCUGGAGAAGAGUCCCCUAAGCAAGCUGGUCCUGGGACUCUGUUCACAAACACAAACAGACCCCACAGAGCCCCAGGACAACAACACAAUUAGACCCAUGAGAAAACAAAAAUAUAAUUACUUGACACAUUGGAAAGAAUGUACGAAAAAACAGAGCAAACUAGAAUGCAAUUUGGCCCUAAACAGAGAGUACACAGUGGCAGAAUACCUGACCACUGUGACUGACCCAAAAAUUAAGGAAAGCUUUGACUAUGUACAGACUCAGUAAGCAUAGCCUUGCUAUUGAGAAAGGCCGCCGUAGGUAGACCUGGCGCUCAAGAGAAGACAGGCUAUGUGCACACUGCCCUGAAAAUGAGGUGGAAACUGAGCUGCACUUCCUAUCCUCCUGCCAAAUGUAUGACCAUAUUAGAGACACAUCUUUUGCUCAGAUUACACAGAGCCAAAUAUUAUUCGAAAAUAAAUCCAAUUUUGAUAAACUCCCAUAUCUACUGGGUGAAAUACCACAGUGUGCAAUCACAGCAGCAAGAUUUGUGACCUGUUGCCACAAGAAAAGGGCAACCAGUGAAGAACAAACACCAUUGUAAAUACAACCCAUAUUUAUGUUAAUUUAUUUUCCCAUUUGUACUUUAACUAUUUGCACAUUGUUACAACACUGUAUAUAUACAUAAUAUGACAUUUAAAAUGUCUUUAUUCUUUUGGAACUUCUGAGUGUAAUGUUUACUGUUAAUAUUUAUUGUUUAUUUCACUUUUGUUUACUAUCUACUUCACUUGCUUUGGCAAUGUUAACAUACGUUUCCCAUGCCAAUAAAACCCUUAAAUUGAAAUUGAAUUGAAUUCAGAGAGUUAUAGAGCUGAGAUAUGAACUGAGGAGAGAGAGAGAGUUAUACAGCUGAGAUAUGAACUGAAGAGAGAGAGUUAUGGAGCUGAGAUAUGAACUGAAGAAAGAGAGAGAGAGAGUUAUAGAGCCGAGAUAUGAACUGAAGAAUUAUAGAGCUUCUCCCAAAUCACUCUCUACCCUUCCUUUAGGUCCUAACCCUAACCCUAACCCUUCCUUUAGGUCCUAACCCUAACCCUAACCCUAACCCUAACCCUUCCUUUAGGUCCUAACCCUAACCCUAACCCUUCCUUUAGGUCCUAACCCUAACCCUAACCCUUCCUUUAGGUCCUAACCCUAACCCUAACCCUUCCUUUAGGUCCUAACCCUAACCCUAACCCUUCCUUUAGGUCCUAACCCUAACCCUUCCUUUAGGUCCUAACCCUAACCCUAACCCUUCCUUUAGGUCCUAACCCUAACCCUAACCCUUCCUUUAGGUCCUAACCCUAACCCUAACCCUUCCUUUAGGCUAACCUAACCCUAACCCUUCCUUUAGGUCCUAACCUACCUCUAGGUCACCCUAACCUACCCUUCCUUUAGGUCCUAACCCUAACCCUACCUUCCUUUAGGUCCUAACCCUAACCCUAACCCUUCCUUUAGGUCCUAACCCAACCCUAACCCUAACCUUCUAGCCCUAACCCUAACCCUAACCCUUCCUUUAGGUCCUAACCCUAACCCUAACCCUUCCUUUAGGUCCUACCAACCCUAACCUUCCUUAGUCCUAACCCUAACCCUACCCUAACCCUUCCUUUAGGUCCUAACCCUAACCCUAACCCUUCCUUUAGGCCUAACCCUAACCCUAACCCUUCCUUUAGGUCCUAACCCUAACCCCUAACCCUUCCUUUAGGUCCUAACCCUAACCUAACCUUCCUUUAGGUCCUAACCCUAACCCUAACCCUUCCUUUAGGUCCUAACCCUAACCCUAACCCUACUCCUUUAGGUCCUAACCCUAACCCUAACCCUUCCUUUAGGUCCUAACCCUAACCCUCAGUCCUACCUAACCUUCCUUUAGGUCCUAACCCUAAACCCUAACCCUUCCUUUAGGUCCUAACCAACUAACCCUUCCUUUAGGUCCACCUAACCACCUCCUUUAGUCCUACCCUAACCCUUCCUUUAGGUCCUAACCCUAACCCUAACCCUUCCUUUAGGUCCUAACCCUAACCACCUAACCCUAACCUCCUUAGGUCCUAACCCUAACCCUACCUUCCUUUAGGUCCUAACCCUAACCCUACACCCUUCCUUUAGGUCUAACCCUAACCCUAACCCUUCCUUUAGGUCCUAACCCUAACCCUAACCCUUCCUUUAGGCCUAACCCUAACCCUUCCUUUAGGUCCUAACCCACCCCUAACCCUAACCCUUCCUUUAGGUCCUAACCCUAACACCCUCUUAGGUCUAACCCUAACCUAACCUUCCUUUAGGUCUACCCUAACCCUAACCCUUCCUUUAGGUCCUAACCACCCUAACCCUAACCCUUCCUUUAGGUCCUAACCCUAACCCUAACCCUUCCUUUAGGUCCUAACCCUAACCCUAACCUUCCUUUAGGUCUAACCCUAACCCUAACCCUUCCUUUAGGUCCUAACCCUAACCCUAACCCUUCCUUUAGGUCCUAACCCUAACCCUAACCCUUCCUUUAGUUCCUAAUUCCUACUUCCUUUAGGCCUCCUUAUCCAAGCACUUACCCAGGACCUUUUAGGGUCUAACCUCCUCCUAAGCACUUCCUAGUCCAUACUAACCCUAAUCCACUUACCUUAGGUCUCACCAUACCUGAACCUUCCUUUAGGCCCAACUACCUAACUUCCUUUUUUUACUCUUUUUAGGGGUCCUAACCGAACUAACCCUACCCGUUAUCCUUAAGAUGGGUUUAAAUGUCCGCAGGUUAUAGACCUCCCUUCUAGGUCGUGACAGAGCUGUUCCACCUUGCUGCCAGAGCAGCGAACAGCUUUGACUGGGCUGAGCGGGAACUAUACUUCCGCAGAGGAAGGGGAGCCAGCAGGCCAGAGGUGGAUGAACGCAAUGCCCUCGCCUGGGUGUAGGGACUGAUCAGAGCCUGAAGGUACGGAGGUGCCGUUCCCCUCACUGCUCCAUAGGCAAGCACCAUGGUCUUGUAACGGAUGCGAGCUUCAACUGGAAGCCAGUGGAGUGUGCGGAGGAGGGGGGUGACGUGAGAGAACUUGGGAAGGUUGAACACCAGACGGGCUGCGGCAUUCUGGAUGAGUUGUAGGGGUUUAAUGGCACAGGCAGGGAGCCCAGCCAACAGCGAGUUGCAGUAAUCCAGACGGGAGAUGACAAGUGCCUGGAUUAGGACCUGUGCCGCUUCCUGUGUAAGGCAGGGUCGUACUCUCCGAAUGUUGUAGAGCAUGAACCUGCAGGAUCGGGUCACCGCCUUGAUGUUGGCGGAGAACGACAGGGUGUUGUCCAGGGUCACGCCAAGGCUCUUCGCACUCUGGGAGGAGGACACAACGGAGUUGUCAACCGUGAUGGCGAGAUCAUGGAACGGGCAGUCCUUCCCCGGGAGGAAGAGCAGCUCCGUCUUGCCAGGGUUCAGCUUGAGGUGGUGAUCCGUCAUCCAUACUGAUAUGUCGGCCAGACAUGCAGAGAUGCGAUUCGCCACCUGGUUAUCAGAAGGGGGAAAGGAGAAGAUUAGUUGUGUAUCGUCAGCGUAGCAAUGAUAGGAGAGGCCAUGUGAGGAUAUGACAGAGCCAAGUGACUUGGUGUAUAGGGAGAAAAGGAGAGGGCCUAGAACUGAGCCCUGGGGGACACCAGUGGUGAGAGCACGUGGUGCGGAGACAGCUUCUCGCCACGCCACUUGGUAGGAGCGACCGGUCAGGUAGGACGCAAUCCAGGAGUGAGCCGCGCCGGAGAUGCCCAGCUCGGAGAGGGUGGAGAGGAGGAUCUGAUGGUUCACUGUAUCAAAGGCAGCAGACAGGUCUAGAAGGACAAGAGCAGAGGAGAGAGAGUUAGCUUUAGCAGUGCGGAGAGCCUCCGUGACACAGAGAAGAGCAGUCUCAGUUGAAUGACCAGUCCUGAAACCUGACUGGUUUGGAUCAAGAAGGUCAUUCUGAGAGAGAUAGCAAGAGAGUUGGCUAAAGACGGCACGCUCAAUAGUUUUGGAAAGAAAAGAAAGAAGGGAUACUGGUCUGUAGUUGUUGACAUCAGUGGGAUCGAGUGUUGGUUUUUUGAGAAGGGGUGCAACUCUCGCUCUCUUGAAGACGGAAGGGACAUGGCCAGCGGUCAAGGAUGAGUUGAUCAGCGAGGUGAGGUAGGGGAGAAGGUCACCGGAGAUGGUCUGGAGAAGAGAGGAGGGGAUGGGGUCAAGCGGGCAGGUUGUUGGGCGGCCUGCAGUCACUAGUCGCAAGAUUUUAUCUGGAGAGAGAGGGGAGAAAGAAGUCAAAGCAUAGGGUAGGGCAGUGUGAGCAGGACCAGCAGUGUCAUUAGACUUAACAAACGAGGAUCGGAUGUCGUCAACCUUCUUUUCAAAGUGGUUGACAAAGUCAUCCACAGAGAGGGAGGGGGGGGGGGGGGGGGGGGGAUUCAGCAGUGAGGAGAAUGUGGCAAAGAGCUUCCUAGGGUUAGAGGCAGAUGCUUGGAAUUUAGAGUGGUAGAAAGUGGCCUCUAAGGUCCUAACCCUAACCCUAACCCUUCCUUUAGGCCCUAACCCUAACCCUAACCCUAACCCUAACCCUUCCUUUAGGUCCCAACCCUAACCCUAACCCUAACCCUUCCUUUAGGCCCUAACCCUAACCCUAACCCUUCCUUUAGGUCCUAACCCUAACCCUUCCUUUAGGUCCUAACCCUAACCCUAACCCUAACCCUUCCUUUAGGUCCUAACCCUAACCCUAACCCUUCCUUUAGGUCCUAACCCUAACCCUUCCUUUAGGUCCUAACCCUAACCCUAACCCUUCUUUUAGGUCCUAACCCUAACCCUAACCCUUCCUUUAGGUCCUAACCCUAACCCUAACCCUAACCCUUCCUUUAGGUCCUAACCCUAACCCUAACCCUUCCUUUAGGUCCUAACCCUAACCCUAACCCUUCCUUUAGGUCCUAACCCUAACCCUAACCCUUCCUUAAGGUCCUAACCCUAACCCUAACCCUUCCUUUAGGUCCUAACCCUAACCCUAACCCUUCCUUAAGGGCCUAACCCUAACCCUUCCUUUAGGCCGUAACCCUUCGAUUGUUAGAGCCUCACACACAAUAUGUUGGAAUCUCCACCACUACACUACUUAUCCAGAGGACAGGGUAGACGCACUGUCUGAGACAAGCUCUGUCUCCCUCUAACCCUCCUCCUUUCCUCAGGGGCGGUUCCCUGUAACACCUCCCUACCUAACCCUAACCCCAAAACUCUACUGUGCUGUCCAGGGGCGGUUCCCAGCCCACUACUCCCUGGACAUGCAGUCCCAGGGUAACCUCUCCUGUCUGGAUAACAACCACUCCCACUUCUUACUGGUGGAUGAUGGAACACACGGAUGCUACGGCGUCGAGGUUGAACUACGCUCCCGACUAGAGAGACUCAUCUCCCAGCAGCCUCUGGGAAACAGA